AUGCUCACUGAGUACACAUGGGCUGUGGCGGUCGGCGGCAUCUUCUGCUUUUUGCUCGGAGGUGGGAUGGGAGCGAAUGACGUGGCGAACAACUUUGGGACAUCGGUGGGAUCCCGUUCGAUUUCGUUGAAGCGUGCGUUAUUCAUUGCAGCGGUGUUCGAGUUGAUUGGGUCUAUUGGUUUUGGCGCGACGGUGACGGAUUCUGUGCGGAACGGGGUGUACGACCUGGGCAAGUUGGAGGUGCAUGUGGCGAAAAAUCGGUCGCAUGAAUUUCUGCUAAUUGCGAACCUGACGGUAUUGUUCACGGUUGCCAUCUGGCUAUAUUGCGCCAGUUCGCUCAAAAUGAGCGUAAGCACCACACACUCCAUCAUCGGCGCAUACAUGGGCUGCGGCCUAGCUAUUUCGCCACGCGUUGUCCACUGGAAAUACCUCCUCACCAUUUUAUCUUCCUGGGUCGGCGCGCCGCUGCUCGCCGCCCUAGUCGCCGCCUCGCUCUUCACGGCGCUGCGAGCGGCCGUACUGCGCGCGGAACACCCCGUCCGCCGAGCGAACCUCUUGCUGCCGUUGCUCUGCGUUUAUGUCGCUUUCAUCAUCUCGCUCUUCUUCGUCUUCUCCAACCCCCUUGUGUUCGCCUCGCACACGUGUGUGCAAAAAAAUUCCGACGGAAUUAUCGCGGCCACAAAACCCUGCUAUGCCUCACACUGGGUCUCCGCCCACCUCCCCGCCGCCUGGGGCAUCGGUCUCGGGGCGGCGGCCGCGACGUCCCUCAUCCUCUAUGUGCCCAUCAAAUUCUGGACCAAACGAACCAUCACCGCCGAACAAGAAAAAAAGAAAGCCGGGCUCGGCAGGAGCUGGACCCUCGCAGACCUCCCCAGACGCACUCUCUCCUUUGCUGCAGAUGGCGCUUUUGGGACCGACUCAGUCGCGGCCGGCACGUCGGAUGCUGCUGGCGAGGGCGCCUCCGCGACGUCCCCCAUCUCGCUGUCGACAAAGCGCGCGCACUUUGCUUCUGCUUCGGAGGACGAACUGAGUCCGGGCGGCUCGACUGUGUCUAGCCACUGGGUUGACGGUCCGGAUUCCACUCCGAGCGGAUCCACUCCGGACGGUUCGACUCCAGGAGAGGUAUGUCAAAUCCCGGUGCGGAGUGCCAGCGCGGUGGUGUUGCCGGUGGAGGAGCAGUCAGCGGAGGUUUUGGAGGAGGUGGAAGGUGCUUGUUGUGGGGGUCGUUUUCCUGCGCCGUGGAAUCGAGACCUACAUGCGGAGGCGGCUCAGGAGGAGUCUCGAGUGGGAGAGAUCCAGGCAUUAUCAGAGAAGUUCCCUUGGCAGGCGGAGGCAUACUUCAAGGCGUUGCAGACGUGUAGUGCGGCGCUGGCUUGUCUAGUCCACGGUUCCAACGAUGUAGGGAACGCGGCGGCACCGUUUGCUGCAAUCUAUUCUAUUUACCGGGAAGGUGCGUAUCUCAAGAGCAUCCCGGUCCCGCUUUGGGUGUUGGCAUUGGGCGGCUGUUCUAUUUCUAUCGGACUCAUGCUGCUAGGGUAUAAGGUGAUUCGAACCGUCGGUAUCGAAUUAUUACAUAUGAAUGCACCCAAGGGAUUUUGCGUAGAAAUGGCCGUCUUCACCGUUAUCAUCUCUGCUUCCUACCUCGGACUCACCAUCUCUUCCACACAUAUCGGCAUAGGAGCCAUGAUCGGAGUUGGUCUAAUGGACCGGCAUUUCGACCCAUUUACUCUCCAGGACGUCACCCAAACAACUUGCGGACUUAACCUUCGCGCCAUCAACUGGCCCCUCGCAGGCAAACUAGCCGUCUCAUGGGUUGGUACUCUUAUCCUCUGCUGCACCGCCGGCUACAUACUUAUGACCUUCGCCAUCCGCAGCCCCUCCAUUAACCACACCUGA